UCAAAGAUAGAAAUCCAAGAAUGGGAUCCUCACUCAUGUGUUCAUGAUUGUAAAGUACAAAUGUUUAUGCCCAAAUAGCAAAAUGUUACCACGGCAUAUAUGUUACGUUGUUUUUAUCCUCCUGACAGCCAUCAAAUAAGAAAUAAGGUUAGGUGUGCGUAAAGCCAUAUUUACACUUUAAUAUUAAUGUAAUGUCUGUGGCAAUGUGAAGUCGUUCGAAAUUUUUUGUCAGGAAUAGUACUAAUUAAAAUACAGUCGUAGUGGCUGAUAACAAUAUUAACGAUACUUGUUACUCCGUGGUGCGUUUUGUACAGAAACUUGGUUGGUGGAAAAGGACUGAUUAAUUUAAAAUCAUUAUGUCGGAGACGAACUGGAACAAUAAGUUAUUUAACGCAGCAAGAAAUGGAGAAUUUCAUGAGAUUGAAAAGUGCAUAGAGAAUGGGGCAAAUUUAAACAAUUUUGAUGGAAGCGGUGACACAGUAUUGUCGAAUGCUGUUUACUAUGGCCACUUUAACAUUGUUCAAUACUUGGUGCUUUUGGGUGCGGACCUAAACAAAACCGGUUUAUCGAGGCGGAAAACACCCCUGUCAUGGGCACUAGAAAAUGGUUAUGUGGACAUUGCUAAAUAUUUAGCACAUAAAGGUGCCCAGUUAACAAUUCCUGAUCAUAAUCCACUUAUAUGUGCUGUAAUAACUGGGCAAACAAAAGCGGUCCAAUACUUACUACAGUCGAAAGUAGAGAUUAACCAGUGUAAAGAAUCGGGUUUGACAGCACUCAGUUGGGCAGCCCUGUUAGGAUAUUUAGACAUAGUGAAACUAUUGGUAGAGGCAGAAGCUGCUAUUAAUUAUGUUAACGAAAAAAACAAAACAACUCUAACCUACGCUUUAGAGGCAGAUAAUUUAGAUAUUGUAGAAUAUUUAAUCGCAAAAGGUUGUCAGGUACCCUGGCCAGAGAAAAGUGAAGAAUCACGAAGAAUUAAAACACUGUUCAGUUCAUUAAAUAUUAUACAUCAGAUAAUUAGUCACGACUUGAAUCCUAAUGAUUCUAAUAGUCCAACAGCAAUAUGCUUAUCAAAUGCUAUUAAACGUGAAGAUUUUGCAACUCUUAAAUAUCUUAGUGGAAAAGGUGUGAAUGUUGGGACCGCACCGCUGUCAGAAGCAGCGCGUAGUGGAAAUCUUGAAAUCACAGAAUACUUACUAUCCAAAGGGUGUAACGUUAAUAAAAUCGACUCCAAAGGGAACACUCCUCUAACAAACGCAAUCAAAUCUAAAAAUAUAAAUAUAGUCAGAGCCAUGAUACAAGUAAAUAUGGUAUGGACAUACGCAGGUUUGCUGACGUCACCUGGCUGUAUUCAGGCGGGAAAUUGAAAUAUUUACCGAGCCCAACUAAAGUCACUAGAUCUACUUUUAGAAAGUACGGCAAACUGCCUGUGGUCGGAAUUCGACAGAGAGGAACCUAACCUAUGUGUUAAACAAAGAUAGCGCGAGGCUAGUAAUUUUCGCUAUCUGUCAACGAAAGGUUGAUGUGUUUACGAUUUGAGGUUACGACAGACUGUACUAGAAUUAUUGAGUUAACGGACCGGAAAGAACACUAUUCCAGUCCCAAAGUAACUCCAGCCCUAUUCAACGAGAAAGUGUCACCGGUAACCAGCAAACAGUCGUGGAAGACGUGUUACCACCAAGGCAAUUGACGGCCAAAUGACAGUAACAGGAUCGCCAUACUGGAAGCAAAAAAUACCUGCUGUCGAAAAGACGGAGCAUAACAAGGACACAGAUAUUUUCUUAUUAUUUGCUAUCAUCCCCGCUAUUUUUUUAACAACGCUAGGUCGCUAGCAAACCACCAAUUUGUUUUUACGCAUCAGUUUGGUAACAAUAAACAAUAACCCUCAUAACCACAAAAACUCAUAACUGCCUCAUAACCCUUAAAAUUGAUAUUUGACAUCAGAUGUCAACACAGAAGUGGAAGGUCAUUCAUUCCACAUGACGUCAGAUAACGUUGCGCAGAAGAAGACGAAUUUUGGUUCAUGGGAUGUCCAUACCAUAUUUACUUGUAUCAUGGUCAGAGCUCUCAUAAACGCGGGUUCAGAUGUUUGUAAGGUGGGACAGACCGGUAGAACGCCGCUGUCAAUGGCUGUGGAAUUGCAAAACUUGGAUGUGGUUAAAUUGUUAGUGGAUAAAGGCGCCUCUCCAACAGUUCAAACUGUAUUUAUCGAGGCUAUUCAAUCAGGAAAUAUACAAAUUGUUAAACACCUACAAGAGAAGGGGGCUUCAAUCAACUUUGUCUAUGAAGAUGGAUGCACACCUUUAACCAAAGCUAUACAAACAGGCCAUGUAAAAAUCGCUGAAUUUUUAUAUGGGCAAGGUGCUAAUCCAGAAGUGAUUACUAAUGACGUGACAAAUUUGCAUUUAAUGAACUAUGCCACAAAUGGUAACAUUGAUAUGGUGAAUUUUCUGGUUGAGUUAGGUGUUAAGUUAGAUGUAGUAGGCGCAGAUGGUUCCACGCCUCUUACUAAAGCGGUACAGAUUGAGAAUUUUCAGUUGGUUAAAUAUUUUAUAGAAAAAGGAGCCAAUGUUAAUGGCGUCGACGGCAACAAUAAGAUUCCUUUGGGUAUAGCUGCGGAAAAUUGUUAUUUCUCUAUUGUGAAGUUUUUGAUAGAAUUUGGAGCAGAUAUAGAACUUGCCAAAACAGAAUUAACGGCAUACUGCAGUUGGAAUAAGGACCUUGCUAUUUACCUAAAAUUGAUGAACAAAGAAAUUUCCAAGACUGUAACUGUUUUAGGAUCUGGUCACGAUGGAAGUGAUUUGUUAGAAACCAAAGUGGAAGAAAAAUGAAAAAAAUGUAAACUAAUAUAGUGUACUUGUAUUAAUAUUUCGAAA